AUGGUCUCAGUCGCCGUCUUCUUGGCAGGGACCAUGAUGUUUUUCGCGUGGAUCGCAGUGACGGUCUUCAAGGACUUAGACCGUGGGACCGAGGGCUUCACGUCACUCAAAGAGUCGAUGAACUCCAUGUUCAUCGCGGGAGUGUCAGACGAGUUUGUCAGCGUUUUUCUCAAGUCCUAUACCGCUUAUCGGUACGUGGGGAUCCUCUGGCUGAUGUUCCUGGUGAUUGCCCACGUCUUGCUCCUCAGCUUAGUCCUGGACACGCUCUGUGCAGCCUACAUGUCCUACUCCGAGCAGCGCACGGAGGAAGUAGCAGACAAGCGCAUCGAGGGCAUGUGGAAGGCCUUCACUACACUGGUCGAGGCCACAGGCAACAAGGAGCAGGAGGUCUCGCAGGAGUACUUCUUCCUGUUUCUGGAGGAGAUCAGCAAUUCUCCGCGAUCUGUGGGCAUUUCUCCAAAGGAGGCCCAGAUCAUGUGGGAUGCCAUCGAUCGC